AUGCGCAGAAACUUUUCAUCGGGAGACGUUGGACUGCUGAACGGAAAUGCUUCCGAUUUAGAAUCAACCGCGGAUCUCAGAAUUUCCGAAUCUUUUCUUUAUUCUUCUUCAAGUAAAAUCGUCAGUGUGAGAGAGAAGGAAUUUAAUGGUUUUCUUCUUCUUCUUCUUCGUAGGCGACUGGAUGAUGCGGAGAAAAAGCCGUUCAUCGAAGAAGCCGAAAGACUGCGCAAGAUCCAUAAAAAUGAACACCCGGACUACAAGUACCAGCCUCGACGUCGCAAGGGUCACGAGCCAACUCAAAAUUCUCCCCCGGGGCGACAUCGUCCGGCCAGCCUCAGUACCAACAAGAAAGGCGCAUCGAAAGCCAACGCACUAGAUGGCAGUGCUACAGGACCCGUCUUGCCCACUGCGAGGAAACGUCCCAUGAAUCUGGACUCUGGGUGCUCUUCGAAGGCGUCGACGGGGUCGUCGAAAAGUUGCGACGUGUCGCCGUCGUCGGCGCAGAUCCUGAGUGCGUGUGCCGUGGCGGCCACGGCCAACGUGACCAACAUCAUCACCAUCAACAACGGGGCGCCACCACCGCCACCAUCACACGCUGCCGCCAUUGCCAACUCGAACAGCUCCGUCGGCAACAUUAAUAAUAAUCAUAAUAAUUCAGGUGCAGGCAGUGUGUCGCCUGGAUCGGCGGCGGCGGCGGCGGUGGUGUCGUCCAACGUGGACGCCAGAUGCUCGGCUUUCGUCAACAAGUCUCACGACUUUUAUCGCGGCUCCUAUUUGCACGGCCACCGAUUCUAA